GUUAAUUAUUUUCUAAUCAAACGUCGAUGCUCCGUGAACGUUGGGCUGGGCGCACCGAACAUAUUUCAGUUUAAGCUCGCGUUUAAAAAAAUAAAACAUCAGUGAAAUCACAUAGAAGUAAAUAAGGCGUCACAUUGUGUUUAUUGGCGAAAAGUGUUCACGUUGACGACGCCAGCACCGCGGGGUUGGGAAAACAACAACUUGUCCCGCUGGCCUGUGUCUGCUGGAACUGGCUGCACCAAAAGUGCAUUUGACUGUGCAUCGCAUCUGUGGAGUCAUUACAAAUAAUUUAAGCAUAAAUGUGUCAUUAAGUCAUUUGGCCUGAUUUGCUAGUACAAAAAGCCAAUAUGAGGCAACAAAGUUCGUCACAAAGUACGGCAACAAUUUCCAUUUGCUCCUGCCUUCUGCUGCUGUGCAGCAACAGCGUGGGAAUUGCACUAGCAGAUUCCUUCAGUGAUUAUUUUUCCGACUAUGAAUGUAAUCAACCUUUAUUGGAAAAUUCGGUCUUGACGGCCACAUCAUCGUUGACUGAACGUGGCCCGGAUAAGGCGCGUCUAAAUGGUAACUCUGCUUGGACGCCCGUCGAGAAUACGUAUAACCACUUUCUAACACUCGAUCUGGGCGGGGCGCGUAUGGUGCGCAAGAUUGCCACCAUGGGACGCAUGCACACCGAUGAGUUCGUCACGGAGUACAUUGUCCAGUACUCGGAUGAUGGCGAGUAUUGGCGCUCGUACGUAAAUCCCACAAGCGAGCCGCAGAUGUUCAAAGGCAAUUCCGAUGGCAAUUCCAUACACUAUAAUGUCUUUGAGGUGCCCAUCAUUGCACAGUGGGUGCGCGUUAAUCCCACACGCUGGCACGAUCGCAUCUCCAUGCGUGUCGAGCUCUACGGCUGUGAAUACAUUUCGGAGAAUCUGUAUUUUAAUGGCACUGGACUGGUGCGUUACGAUUUGCGUCGUGAGCCCGUUGCCUCCGCCCAGGAGUCGAUACGCUUUCGUUUCAAGACUGCCUUUGCAAAUGGCGUCAUGAUGUACUCCCGUGGUACUCAAGGCGAUUAUUAUGCCCUGCAGCUGAAGGACAACAAAAUGGUGCUGAAUCUUGAUCUUGGUUCGGGCAUUAUGACCUCGCUCUCCGUCGGCAGUUUGCUGGAUGAUAAUGUAUGGCACGAUGUCGUUAUCUCGCGUAAUCGGCGUGACAUCAUCUUCUCCGUGGAUCGAGUUAUUGUGCGUGGUCGCAUUCAGGGCGAGUUUAGUCGCUUGAAUCUGAAUCGGGAGCUGUAUUUGGGUGGUGUUCCCAAUGUGCAGGAGGGCCUCAUUGUACAGCAGAACUUUUCGGGCUGUCUCGAAAACAUUUAUCUAAACUCUACCAACUUUAUAAAGACCAUGAAGGAUAGCUAUGAGUUGGGCGAGGCCUAUCUCUACAUGAAAGUGAACACGAUAUAUGCCUGCCCCUCGCCUCCGAUUUAUCCAGUUACCUUCACGACGCGCGGUUCGUUUGUGCGACUGAAGGGUUAUGAGAACUCGCAGCGUUUGAAUGUGUCGUUCUAUUUCCGCACCUACGAGGAGACAGGCGUCAUGCUGCAUCACGACUUUUAUUCGGGUGGAUACAUAAAAGUGUUCCUAGAUUUUGGCAAAGUGAAGAUCGAUCUAAUGGCUAAGGAUAAGCCGCGCAUCAUUCUGGACAACUAUGACGAGCAGUUCAACGAUGGCAAAUGGCAUUCGUUUGUGCUUUCCAUCGAGCGUAAUCGUCUCAUUCUCAACAUUGAUCAACGGCCAAUGACAACGACCAAGAAUCUACAGAUAGCCACAGGACACACGUACUACAUAGCUGGUGGCAAGGAUAAGAAUGGCUUUGUUGGCUGUAUGCGACUCAUCUCGGUGGAUGGUAACUACAAGUUGCCACAGGACUGGGUGCAGGGCGAGGAAGUAUGUUGCGGCGACGAGGUUGUUGUCGAUGCCUGCCAAAUGAUUGAUCGCUGCAAUCCAAAUCCCUGCCAGCACAAGGGCGUCUGUCAUCAGAACAGCAUGGAGUUCUUCUGCGAAUGUGCCCAUACUGGCUAUGCUGGAGCUGUAUGCCAUACCUCCAACAAUCCUCUGUCCUGUCAGGCCUUGAAGAAUGUGCAGCAUGUGCAGCAACGUGUUAACUUGAAUAUCGAUGUGGAUGGCAGCGGUCCGCUGGAGCCUUUCCCGGUUACCUGCGAGUUUUACUCCGAUGGUCGAGUUAUAACCACACUGGGUCACAGUCAGGAGCACACAACGACGGUGGAUGGCUUCCAGGAGCCCGGCUCUUUUGAGCAGAGUAUCAUGUAUGAUGCCAAUAAACUGCAAAUCGAGGCACUGCUGAAUCGCUCACACAGCUGCUGGCAGCGACUGAGCUACUCAUGUCGUUCGUCGCGUCUCUUCAAUUCACCAUCUGAAGCUGGUAACUUCCGUCCCUUCUCCUGGUGGAUCUCGCGCAACAAUCAGCCCAUGGAUUACUGGGCAGGCGCUUUGCCUGGUUCACGCAAAUGCGAGUGCGGCAUCCUGGGCAAGUGUCAUGACCCCACCAAGUGGUGCAACUGUGAUUCCAACACCUUAGAGUGGGCUGAAGAUGGCGGUGAUAUUCGUGAAAAGGAGCAUCUGCCUGUGCGUGCUGUGAAGUUUGGUGACACUGGCACGCCAUUGGAUGAGAAGCAGGGCCGCUACACGCUGGGACCGAUGCGUUGCGAGGGCGACGAUCUGUUCAGUAAUGUGGUGACUUUCCGCAUCGCUGAUGCUUCCAUUAACUUGCCACCAUUCGAUAUGGGACAUUCGGGUGAUAUUUAUCUGGAGUUCCGCACCACACAGGAAAACUCAGUGCUGUUCCAUGCCACUGGCCCCACAGACUACAUCAAGUUGAGUCUGAUUGGCGGCAAUAAGUUGCAGUUCCAGUACCAGGCCGGCAGCGGUCCGUUGGGUGUUAAUGUGGGCACCAGCUACCAUCUAAACGACAACAACUGGCACACGGUGAGCGUGGAGCGUAAUCGCAAGGAGGCGCGUCUGGUUGUCGAUGGCUCCAUUAAGGCAGAAGUGCGCGAACCACCAGGUCCAGUGCGUGCUCUCCAUCUGACAUCCGAUUUGGUUAUUGGCUCUACGACGGAAUACCGAGAUGGCUAUGUAGGCUGCAUCCGAGCUCUAUUGCUAAACGGAAAGAUGGUGGAUUUGAAGGAACACUCCAUGCGUGGCAUUUAUGGCAUCAGUACCGGCUGCGUAGGUCGUUGCGAAUCGAGUCCUUGUCUGAAUAACGGCACCUGCAUUGAGCGCUACGAUGGCUACGGUUGCGAUUGCCGCUGGAGCGCCUUUAAGGGACCCAUUUGCGCGGAUGAGAUUGGCGUCAAUUUGCGUUCCAGUUCCAUUAUACGCUAUGAGUUCGAGGGCUCUUUCCGUUCCACCAUUGCGGAGAAUAUUCGAGUGGGUUUCACAACGACAAUACCCAAAGGUUUCCUGCUCGGCUUCUCAUCGAAUCUGACUGGCGAAUAUCUGACCAUACAAAUUUCCAAUUCAGGUCACUUGCGGUGUGUCUUUGACUUUGGCUUUGAGCGACAGGAAAUUAUAUUCCCCAAGAAGCAUUUCGGUCUGGGACAGUAUCACGAUGUGCGCUUUAUGCGUAAGAAUAGCGGUUCAACGGUGGUGCUGCAUGUGGAUAACUACGAGCCCGUCGAAUAUAACUUUGAUAUCAAGGCGUCGGCGGAUGCGCAGUUCAACAAUAUUCAGUACAUGUACAUUGGCAAGAACACCUCAAUGUCCGACGGUUUUGUUGGUUGUGUUUCACGUGUGCAGUUCGAUGAUAUUUAUCCACUUAAGCUGAUGUUUCAACAGAAUCCACCCAAUAAUGUCAAAUCUCUCGGCUCUCAAUUGACUGAAGACUUUUGCGGCGUUGAACCCGUAACGCAUCCGCCUAUUGAAAUUGAGACUAGGCCGCCUCCACUGGUGGAUGAGGAGAAGCUGCGAAAGGCUUACAAUGAAGUUAACUCUGUGCUGCUGGCAUUCCUGCUUGCCAUACUCUUCCUGCUGCUUUUAUUAAUGUUCUUCCUAAUUGGCCGCUAUUUGCAUCGUCACAAGGGCGACUAUUUGACGCAUGAGGAUCAUGGCGCCGAUGGUGCCGAUGAUCCGGAUGACGCUGUAUUACACUCGACCACCGGCCACCAGGUCCGAAAGCGUACAGAGAUUUUCAUCUAAAUAAACAAGUGCAGCAAUGACAAGAAGACACGCAAACUGUUGAAAAUUAAUCGCCUUAAACACAAAAUCAGCAACACACACAAACUGAGCGACGACUCAACCACUAAAUAUAUAUAUAAAAACACAAAAUCAAAUCAACUAGGAAACGAAUAUGAUAAAUUAUCAUUCAGAGAACUUAAGGCAUUUUCUACACUGCCAAUUAUUUUUAGCAAGUUUUUUGCUUUUAAUUUGGUUAACUAUUGGUUGCUGAUUACUUACACUGUCGUUUUGUAAACGUUUCGCUUCUGUUGUUUAAUGGCAUUUAAUUUGUAAUUUUUAUUUUACUUUGUACUUUGAACAACUCAAUAGUCAUCGAAGACCGUCCAUUUUUGUUUAGUUGACUUUUAUACACAUUUUGUUUACCAAAAUUAAGUUACCAAUUGUACUUUAAGUUGCUACACGCUGUGCAGCCCGUCAACCAGCCAAUUACAUUUAUGUAUUGUACUAGUAUUUAUGCAUACAUAUACGAAUACACAAAAACCCACGACAUUCCAUUAUAUUUAAUACGUUUUUCCCUCUAUAUUAUUAUUAUGUAAAUCAUUUCAAAUGUCUUCUAAUUUACACAAAACGAAAAAAAAAAAACAAAAGUGAAUCAUUUUUUGUAUUUAAACAAAAUGCUAAGUUUUAAACAUUUAGUAACGAAAUAAUAAAAGCGAAUUGUAUUUUUGGAAAAUGCAAUUGCAUAUUUGAAAUAUACCUUAGCAUAUGUAUAUAUGGAUGGAACUAUAUACACUGUGUUUACAUUGACAUAUAAAUUUUUCAAAUUUCAAUAAAAUUAAUUAUAUACAAC